AUGAACGGGAUCGUAACGAAUAGAUCGAAGUCAGAACUGGGGAGCCAGGCUGCCUACGGGCUUCUCGAUCAUCAUCAUGUGCUGUUGUUCACAAGCAGUGUUUACGACAACUGGUUUUCGCGGGUACGUGAGCGGAGUAGUCGGACAGUCGUGGAUCAUUCAGUGCAUCUCACAUCCCCGGAAUUCGAAAUGGCCGCAUGCACGAUUUGUGCUCUUACUAGAGAGGAAUGCCACUUCACGAUCAACCAUCAGAGUGCGAACAUUCUUACCAAGGUAAUCAGAGCAGAUGGUGGCGUCUCGAUUGACGACUGUCAUCUCUCUACAUCAGCUGCCCUCGUCGUCACUCCGAAGACAACUCAUGACAGCACGAAAGGGUGGAAGACGAGCGCGAAAAAUUUCCAGACACUUGUCGAUAAAAUGCGUGAAGCUGACGUCGACAAAGCAAGGCCAGAAGACUACAAGCUGAUGUGGGGAAAUGAAGUGUCCAAAAAUGAAGACAACAACAGCAGCAACCUCUUCGCUUACGUGAACGAGACACUUUUCCAGCGGCCAGUCUAUGCUAGUUUCAUCGCUUUAUUGCGAAGGAAAGUGUUCCACAACGACGUCUGCGAAAAAGAGCAACCUAUGUCUGGUCUUCGCAGAACUCAAAUCAGGGUGAUGCUCGACGCUUGGACCAGCACUGAAGUUUUCAAAUUGGCUUAUGAAUACAUGCAUUCCGAAGGAGAAGAACACGCAACGGAUUUCGAAAGCUUCAAGAAAUUUCUUUUCGAAUUCUGGUUCGGAGCAUACUCUCGUUGUCAGGGCUCAGCUGGAAGCUCCGGAUUCGAACAUGUUUUUGUUGGUGAAUGGAACAAAGGUAUUGUUGGGGGUCACCAUAGCUGGGUGUCGUACUAUUUAGCGCAGAAGAGAGGAACGAUUAAGUAUCACGGAUACUACAUCUAUGCAGGGAGCAUUGCUGGGACAAUUCAAUACCGAUGGGAAAACGUCUUCAAGAAAAAAGGCGGAUACCUAAUAGGGACGUCUCCAGCUUUCGACUUCUCUCUCUUCACAGUCUGCUCUCUCAUAUAUAGUGGAGAUGCUAAGUGUCAGUACAACAUUGAUGGGUAUCCGCUGGCGGUCACAUCAUUCACACAACCUUGCUCAAGUGGAUUGUGCCUCUCGACUGCCUAUCCAGUCAUUUGA